AGAAGAAGAAAAUGAGGCAAAGAUUGAAAAUGUGCAGAAAACAGGUUUCUUCAAAGGACCAAUGUUCAAAGGUGUUGCUUCUAGUCGAUUUUUACCUAAAGGCACCAAGACAAAGGUUAAUUUGGAGGAACAGGGACGACAGAAGGUGUCUUUCAGCUUCAGCCUUACAAAGAAAACUUUACAGAACAGGUUUCUGGCUGCACUUGGCAAUGAAAAGCAAAAUGAUACUCCAAACUCCCCAGCUGGACCUCUUCAAGUAGACUUGACUCCUAAAAUUAAAAUGGACAUUGGAGAUACCUUAUCUACUAUAGAAGAAUCCUCCCCACCAAAAUCAAGGGUAGAAUUGGGCAAAAUUCAUUUUAAGAAACAUCUGCUUCAUGUGACAUCUAGGCCACUGCUGACUACAGCCACAGCAGUGGUGUCUCCACCUCCUUCCAUAGUACCAUUACCAACAGUCAUAGCAGAAUCAACAACUGUAGAUUCGCCACCCUCAUCUCCACCUCCACCUCCUCCACCUCCCCAAGCCACAACACCCUCACCACCAGCACCAGUAACGGAGCCAGUGACCUUGCCACACACACCAAUCCCAGUUCUGAUGACAGCACCAGUAGAUGUAGCAGUUAGAACACUGAAGGAACCACCAGUUACGACUGAUCCAGAAUCUUCAGAAGUGGACACUAAGCAGGAUGCUGUAUCUAAUAGUUCAGAAGAACACAUAACUCAGAAUUUGAAUGAGCAAGCAGAUGUUCCCUCACAGAAAGAAGAUUCCCAUAUUGGGAAGGAAGAAGAAAUUCCAGAUAGUUCUAAGAGUAAUCUGGGCUCUAAAAAAACAGGUUCUAAGAAGAAAUCCUCACAAUCUGAAGGCACCUUUCUUGCUUCAGAAUCUGAUGAAGAUUCUGUGCGGACUUCCUCAAGUCAAAGAUCACAUGAUUUAAAAUUUUCAGCAAGCAUUGAAAAGGAAAGAGAUUCAAAGAAGAGCUUAGCACCUUUAAAAAGUGAGGAUUUAGGGAAGUCUUCACGAUCUAAAACAGAGAGAGAUGAUAAAUACUUUAGCUACUCAAAACUUGAAAGAGAUACUCGAUAUAUAUCUUCUCGAUGUAGAUCAGAGAGAGAGCGAAGGCGGAGCAGAUCUCGUUCAAGAUCUGACAGAAGCUCUAGAACUAGUUUAUCCUAUUCUCGGUCGGAACGAUCCCAUUAUUAUGACUCUGAUCGUCGCUACCAUCGGAGUUCCCCUUAUCGAGAGAGGGCUCGCUAUUCUCGGCCAUAUGCAGAUAACAGAGCUCGAGAGAGUUCUGACUCAGAGGAGGAGUAUAAGAAGACCUACUCAAGGCGCACCUCAUCUCAUUCCUUCUCUUACAGAGACCUAAGGACAUCGUCAUCCUAUUCUAAAUCUGAUCGGGACUGUAAAACUGAGUCCUCUUACUUAGAGAUGGAGAAAAGAGGAAAGUAUUCUUCAAAAGUAGAAAGAGAAUCCAAAAGGACUUCAGAAAAUGAAGCAAUGAAAAGAUGUUGUUCUCCUUCUAAUGAACUGGGAUUCCGACGGGGCUCAUCUUAUUCCAAGCAUGAUAACAGUGCUUCCCGUUACAAAUCUACCCUUUCAAAAUCUGUAUCUAAGUCUGAUAAAUUUAAGAAUUCUUUCUGUUGUACAGAAUUAAAUGAGGAAAUCAGAUCUUCUCAUUCUUUUAAUUUACAGGCUCCUUGUUCAAAAGGUAGUGAAUUAAGAAUGAUUAGUAAAAUUCCUGAAAGAGAAAAGACUGGAUCUUCAUCACCAUCAAAUAGGUUAAAUGAUUCACCUACUUUUAAAAAGCUGGAUGAAUCACUUAUUUUUAAAUCUGAAUUAAUAGGACAUGAUAGCCAUGAUAGUAUUAAGGAAUUAGACACUCUGUCUAAAGUGAAGAAUGAUCAAUUAAGGAGUUACUGUCCCAUAGAAUUAAAUAUAAAUGGAUCUCCUGGGGCAGAAUCUGACUUGGCAACAUUUUGCACUUCUAAAACUGACACUAUUUUAAUGUCUUCUGAUGAUAGUGUGACCGGAUCAGAGGUAUCCCCUUUGGUCAAAGCAUGCACGCUUUCAUCAAAUGGAUUUCAGAAUAUUAAUAGGUGUAAAGAGAAAGACUCAGACGAUACGUACAUGCUGCAUAGUAAGUCAGGAAGCCCGUUUAGAGAAGCAGAACCUCCAGUUUCACCACACCAAGAUAAACUCAUGUCUUUGCCAGUUAUGACUAUAGAUUAUUCUAAAACUGUAAUUAAAGAACCAGUUGAUAUGACAGUUUCUUGCUGUAAAACCAAAGAUUCAGAUCUAUCCUGUACUUCAAAUGACAACUCUUCUUUGCGUCAUUCUGAAGCUGAAAAGAUUGAGCCUUCGGUUACGAAGAUUUCUUCAAAUAGCUUUAUGAAUGUGCAUUUGAAAUCAAAACCAGUUAUAUGUGAUAAUAGAAAUCUGACAGAUCAGCACUCAAAAUUUGCAUGUGAAGAAUAUAAGAGUGUUGGUAGCACCAGUUCAGCUUCUGUUAAUCAUUUUGAUGAUAUAUAUCCACCCAUAGAGAGUUCAGGCGUUGCUUCAUCUCUUCAGAGUCUUCCACCUGGAGUAAAAGUAGACAGUUUAAAUCUCUUACAACGUGGAGAGAACACAUCUCCAGUUUUGGAUGCUGUACUGAAGACUAAAAGCACAGAGUUUUUAAAACAUGCAGAGAAAGAAACCAUAGAAGUAGGUAGUGGUCUUCCUGAUUCAGGAAGGGGAUUUGUGUCUUGGGAAAACAGGCAUAAUAAUGGGCUAUCUGGGAAAUGUGUGCAAGAGACUCAAGAAGAAGGGAAUUCCAUAUUGCCUGAUAGAAAAAGGAGGUCAGAAAUCGCUUUAGAUGAAGAAGGAGGAAGAGGACAUGCUCAUACUUCUGAUGACUCAGAAGUGGUAUUUUCUUCCUGUGACUUGAAUUUAACCAUGGAAGACAGUGACAGUGUAACAUACACCUUAAAAUGUGACAGUAGUGGUCAUGCCUCAGAGAUUGUAUCCACUGUCCAUGAAGAUUAUUCUGGUUCUUCUGAAAGUUCAAGUGAUGAAAGUGACUCUGAAGAUACAGAUUCUGAUGCUAGCAGUAUUCCAAGAAACCGUCUUCAGUCUGUUGUGGUUGUGCCAAAGAAUUCUACUUUGCCCACAGAAGAAACCAGUCCGUGUUCUUCCCGGAGCAGUCAGAGUUAUAGACACUAUUCUGACCACUGGGAAGAUGAGAGAUUGGAGUCAAGGAGACAUUCAUAUGAGGAAAAAUUUGAGAGUGUAGCAAGUAAACCCUGUUCUCAGACUGAGAAAUUCUUCCAUCAUAAAGGAGCAGAGAAGAAUCCGGACAUUUCUUUUAUACAGCCCAGCAGAAAACAGAUAGAUAACCACCUGUCUGAAACUGUUCAUCCUCAGAGUGACGGGGUUGAUAGUACCAGUCAUACAGAUGUGAAAUCUGACUUUCUAGGUCAUCCAAAUUCUGAGGAAACAGCAAAAGCCAAAAUAGCUUCUAGGCAGCAAGAAGAGCUGCCAGUUUAUUCUUCUGAUGAUUUUGAAGAUGUCCUGAAUAAGUCUCGGCAACAAACCAUUUUCCCUAACAGGCCAGAUAGUAGACUGGGAAAAACAGAGUUGAGUUUUUCUUCCUCUUGUGAGAUCUCCCGAGUGGACAGCUUCCGCUCAUCAGAGGAGCUCAGAAACCUAGGGUGGGAAUUCUCUCAACAAGAAAAGCCUACUACCACAUAUCAGCAGCCUGACAGCAGCUAUGGAGCCUGUGGUGGACACAAGUAUCAGCAAAGUGCAGAACAUUAUGGUGGGACACGUAACUACUGGCAGGGCAACGGCUACUGGGAUCCAAGAUCAGCAGGUAGACCUCCUGGAACUGGGGUUGUGUAUGAUCGAAUUCAAGGGCAGGUACCAGAUUCCUUAACAGAUGACCGUGAAGAGGAGGAGAAUUGGGAUCAACGUGGAGGGUCUCACUUUUCAAGCCAGUCCAGUAAAUUUUUUUUAUCCCUUCAGAAGGACAAGGGGUCCGUGCAAGCACCUGAAAUAAGCAGCAAUUCCAUUAAGGACUCUUUAGCUGUGAAUGAAAAGAGAGAUCUUUCAAAAAACUUAGAAAAAAAUGAUAUGAAAGAUAGAGGGCCUCCUAAAAAAAGGAGACCGGAAUUGGAGAGUGAUUCUGAAAGUGAUGGUGAACUUCAGGACAGAAAGAAAGUUCGAGUGGCAAUAGAGCAGGGAGAAACAGCAGUGCCCUCAGGCUCAGCCCUGGUUGGGCCUUCCUGUGUCAUGGAGGAUUUCAGGGACCCACAGCGAUGGAAAGAAUGUGCCAAGCAAGGGAAGAUGCCCUGUUACUUUGAUCUGAUUGAAGAAAAUGUUUAUUUAACAGAAAGAAAGAAGAAUAAAUCCCAUCGGGAUAUUAAGCGAAUGCAGUGUGAGUGUGCACCUCUUUCUAAAGAUGAAAGAGCACAAGGUGAAAUAGCAUGUGGGGAAGAUUGUCUUAAUCGUCUCCUCAUGAUUGAAUGUUCUUCUCGGUGUCCGAAUGGGGAUUACUGUUCCAAUAGACGGUUUCAGAGAAAACAGCAUGCAGACGUGGAAGUCAUACUCACAGAAAAGAAAGGCUGGGGCUUGAGAGCUGCAAAAGACCUUCCUUCAAACACCUUUGUCCUAGAAUAUUGUGGAGAAGUACUUGAUCAUAAAGAGUUUAAAGCCCGGGUAAAGGAGUAUGCACGAAACAAAAACAUCCACUACUAUUUCAUGGCCUUGAAGAAUGAUGAGAUAAUAGAUGCCACCCAGAAAGGAAACUGCUCUCGUUUCAUGAAUCACAGCUGUGAACCAAACUGUGAGACUCAAAAAUGGACUGUGAAUGGACAACUGAGGGUCGGGUUUUUUACCACCAAACUGGUUCCUUCAGGCUCAGAGUUAACAUUUGACUAUCAGUUUCAAAGAUAUGGAAAAGAAGCUCAGAAAUGUUUCUGUGGGUCAGCUAAUUGCCGAGGUUACCUGGGAGGAGAGAAUAGAGUCAGUAUCAGAGCAGCAGGAGGAAAAAUGAAGAAGGAUCGAUCUCGUAAGAAGGAUUCAGUGGAUGGAGAGCUAGAAGCCCUGAUGGAGAAUGGUGAGGGUCUCUCUGAUAAAAACCAGGUGCUCAGCUUAUCGCGGCUAAUGGUUAGAAUUGAAACUUUGGAGCAGAAACUUACCUGUCUUGAGCUCAUACAGAACACUCAUUCACAGUCUUGCCUGAAGUCCUUUUUGGAACGUCAUGGGCUGUCUUUGUUGUGGAUCUGGAUGGCAGAGCUAGGUGAUGGCCGGGAAAGUAACCAGAAGCUUCAGGAAGAGAUUAUAAAGACUUUGGAACACUUACCCAUUCCUACUAAAAAUAUGUUGGAGGAAAGCAAAGUACUUCCAAUUAUUCAACGCUGGUCUCAGACCAAAACUGCCAUUCCUCAGUUGAGUGAAGGUGAUGGGUAUUCGAGUGAGAAUACGUCACGUGCUCACACACCACUCAACACUCCUGAUCCUUCCACCAAGCUAAGCACAGAAGCUGACACAGAUACUCCCAAGAAGCUCAUGUUUCGCAGACUUAAAAUUAUAAGUGAAAAUAGCAUGGACAGUGCAAUCUCUGAUGCUACCAGUGAGCUGGAAGGCAAGGAUGGCAAAGAGGACCUUGACCAGUUAGAACAUGUCCCUGUAGAAGAAGAGGAAGAGUUACAGUCACAACAGCUACUCACACAGCAGCUGCCUGAACCUAAAGUUGAGAGUGAAAUUGUCGUGGAAGCCAGUAAGCUACCCAUAUCUGAACCAGAGGCUGAUGCUGAAAUAGAGCCUAAAGAGGGCAAUGCCACAAAACUGGAAGAAACUAUUGCUGAGGAAACACCAUCCCAAGAUGAAGAGGAGGGUGUAUCUGAUGUGGAGAGUGAGAGGAGCCAGGAACAGCCAGAUAAAACAGUAGAUAUAAGUGAUUUGGCCACCAAGCUCCUGGAUAGUUGGAAAGACCUAAAGGAGGUAUAUCGAAUUCCAAAGAAAAGUCAAACUGAAAAGGAGAACACAAUAACUGAACGAGGAAGGGAUGCUGUUGGCUUCAGAGAUCAAACAGCUGCCCCAAAGACUCCUAACAGGUCAAGAGAGAGAGACCCAGACAAGCAAACUCAAAAUAAAGAGAAAAGGAAACGAAGGGGCUCUCUCUCACCACCUUCUUCUGCCUAUGAGCGGGGAACAAAAAGGCCAGAUGACAGAUAUGAUACACCAACUUCUAAGAAGAAAGUACGAAUUAAAGACCGCAAUAAACUUUCUACAGAGGAGCGUCGGAAGCUGUUUGAGCAAGAGGUGGCUCAGCGGGAGGCUCAGAAACAACAGCAGCAGAUGCAGAACCUGGGAAUGACAUCUCCAUUGCCCUAUGACUCUCUGGGCUACAAUGCCCCUCAUCACCCUUUUGCUGGCUACCCACCAGGUUAUCCCAUGCAGGCCUAUGUGGAUCCCAGCAACCCUAAUGCUGGAAAGGUGCUCCUCCCCACACCUAGCAUGGACCCCGUGUGUUCUCCUGCUCCUUACGAUCAUUCUCAGCCCUUGGUGGGACAUUCUACAGAACCCCUUGCUGCCCCUCCACCUGUGCCAGUGGUGCCACAUGUGGCAGCCCCUGUGGAAGUUUCCAGUUCACAGUAUGUGGCCCAAAGUGAUGGUGUGGUACACCAAGACUCCAGCGUCACCGUCUUGCCAGUGCCAGCCCCAGGCCCAGUUCAGGGACAGAAUUAUGGUGUUUGGGAUUCAAACCAACAGUCUGUCAGUGUCCCCCAGCAAUAUUCUCCUGCACAGUCUCAAGCAACCAUAUAUUAUCAAGGACAGACCUGUCCAACUGUCUAUGGUGUGACAUCACCCUAUUCACAGACAACUCCACCAAUUGUACAGAGCUAUGCCCAACCAAGUCUUCAGUAUAUCCAGGGACAGCAGAUUUUCACAGCUCACCCACAAGGCGUGGUGGUACAGCCAGCUGCAGCUGUGACCACGAUAGUCACACCAGGACAGCCUCAGGCCCUACAGCCGCCUGAAAUGGUAGUGACAAAUAAUCUUCUGGAUCUGCCACCCCCAUCUCCUCCCAAACCAAAAACCAUUGUCUUACCUCCCAACUGGAAGACAGCACGAGAUCCAGAAGGGAAGAUUUAUUACUACCAUGUGAUCACAAGGCAGACUCAGUGGGAUCCUCCUACUUGGGAAAGCCCAGGAGAUGAUGCCAGCCUUGAGCAUGAAGCUGAGAUGGACCUGGGGACCCCAACAUAUGAUGAAAACCCCAUGAAGUGUUGUUCCCUCCUCUUGGUCAUCUUGUGCUCUCUUCCAUCAUCCGUCAUUUGAACGAAGUGUGGUGCCUUAUCUAGAGCCAAACACUGAACUAAAUAAUUUUGCUCUAUUUGCUACCAAAGGUGAUGGCACCUCCAAAACAGAAUAUAUUGAGCUUUUCUUAUUUUCAGGGCUCCUUCUUUCAUAACCUUUUAAUUGACAUAUACAGGCUCAGACACUGCAGAGAUUUGGUUGAAUCGUGUGUAGUGUUUCUGAUAAGCUCAACUUCUGCUUCUGGAUUCAUGCUGCCCUGAAAGAUAAAGUUCCUCCUUGAAUAACAUCUUCCAUUUCAUGUUCCAAAGGGCAUUUAAAUUCAAGGAGAAAGAAGCAUUAGGUGGGUAUAUCAUGCUCUCUCUCUGGCAGGACUCAUUUCAGCCAGCCCCACACUCCUAAGUUCCAAGGCACAUGGGCUUCAUGACAUGGUCAUCUCUGUAUAAUAAAGGGUGAAGUUCGCCUUUGCCCUGUUACCCAGCCAGUAUGUGGUUAUCAGAGCCAACCAGUAAGCUUGAAGUCAUUCCCUUUUUAGCUAGAAAGACUUGAAGCCUUACCUUGAAUCAUGUGAAGGUACUUGGGCCUUCCUUGUCAUAUUCAUAUCUGGUCAUGUUCCAGCCGGAUUCCCUGGAGUCCAGACGUGCCCCAGAUGACCACAGGGUGAGUUGCUGAAGGCAGGAAGCUCUGGCUGUUGACCGGGCCCUCUGCUUGCAUCUCAUUGUGUGCUCCCAUCUGGCCACUCUUCAUAGAUUCCCACCAGAAUUCUCCAUUGGCUGAUGCCCUGUAUGAAGCAACUGAUGGAAAAGGCAACCUGAUUAUUGCUGAGGCCCUGGGAAAACACAGCUUUUUCAUCCAUCAGAGUUCUUUCUCCUCUCUGAUGAGUUCCUAGAAUCUCAGUGACACCACUUUUGCAGCACAGGUAGAUGUUCUUGAACCCCAUGAGAUAGCCUGAUAUUUUUGGGGGGACCAUUGAUACCAGCUAAUGGUCUUUCUGAUGCUAAAGGAUUUUUAAUUGGCAGUAGGCAUUUGAGAAGGUUUUUUAAAGUUUAUGUAUUGUAUAGAUGCUAACAUUUUAAUUGAGACCUUUCUGGAGUAAGGGAGGUUUUUCAUGUUAGUGUCCAUCAGGGGCUGUCCUUGGCUCUGACUCUGGCUCCUGGUAUUGCUUGGCGUUGGUCCUGAGUAAGUGUUAACCAGUUUCUGAAAUCAUUUCACAUGCCAUUUGCAGACCACAGACCAAGAGGCAUACAUGAAUUUCAGUACUCCCUAGAGCACUUCAUUUUGGUGUAUGAUUUCAUGGUGUAAAGUUAGGCACCCUUCAUUUGAACAUUUCCUUUCUCAGUCCCAGUUGCUCAGCACUCAGAAGGACCAUGAGAGCUCCAAGACAGAGCCCAGUGGACUGAGCUCUGUAACUGUUUUAAAAAAGCUCUACCAACCUCACCAAGUCAGAGAUUAAAUUAGAAAGCUGUUAAAUAUGCGCUAGAUUUAUUUAGCUUUCUGAACACAUACCCCUUUCAGAGGGAAGCAGAACAUUUCUGUUUACACAGUACCCUCACUGAGAGCCUGGCCUCUCCUCUAGGAUCAGGAGCCUUGAGAUGGUUGUCAUACCUCCAGGGGCUUUCUGUAGCCGUUGCUAUUGGUGCUCGUUUCCGAGAGCUACAAGAGAACAGCUGCGGGUGUGUUGAGGUCUCCUUGGCUUAUUCAGGCAAUUCUUGAUCCCUUGCUACCUGAGGUCUUACUGUGACGUACAGCCGCACUCCCUGCUACUGGAAAAAAUAACCGCAAAACAUUUGAAAAUAGACUUACAGUGUGCUUUUUGGUCUUGUUUCCUGAAAACAGGUUGAAUCUGCCCUUUCUGCCCUGCCCUCUCCCUCCUGCUCCCACAGCCUCAGAAAGUAGAAAAAUGGAAAAUAUGUAAAACUUUUAUAAUAAAUCAGAGAAAGCAGAUUUGUAGCAGCCCAAAGCCAAGGGAGUUCCACCUUUCUCUGGACCUGGUCCAGAGCAAAGUGAGCUGAACGGCUCCUUCAUCGCCAGCGCCUUUAUACUGUUUAUGGAAAUGGAGGAAUCUGAACUCGGGGGUGGUUUGGGAGCAGAAAAAUUCUCUGCUCAAGCAGCUGGCAGAAACAUGAAGUACCCAUCAUAGCAACUGUGGCUGCUGGGUCCAUCUGAAAUCUUUCAAAGGGGAAUGCUCAUAGAUCUUUUCCGUGGAGGAGCACAUUUAAUAGCAAGGGACUUGAUGAUUGGUGUGGGCAAAGGUACAGGGGAUAGCCUUGCAUGGCAGGCAUUCCAGAUGCCACAGCUGCUCGCCCCAUAUCUGCUGGCAGUGCCCUCUUAGGGGGACUUGGCAGCCUCCACUCCAGCACAGCCAGAAGGGAGCACUUUCAGGUUUGUCGUCAUCUUCCCAUCCUCGGAUGGAGUGUCUUCUGUGUCUUAGCAUCCUCUCAUCUGUUCAUGGACUUGGGCGACCCUGUCUCCUUCCUCCCAGUACUGUGAUAGGUCUUUAGUUCAUUCCUGAACUGGAUAUCCCAACCCCCUUCCAUGCCACUCCUGCAUUCUGAGACUGUUUCCUACAAUCUGGCCAAUUCUGCCUUUGGAGGAGAGGUGACAAGUAUCCAUGGAGAGUGAAAGGGCCUGGAUGGCGGGCAGUGGUGUGGUCUGACCUUCCAGUUGUAUGGUGAAAGGUCUUCAGAGCAUUUUCCUUUGUCCUGGAAUCCCAGAAUGUCAGAGCCAGGAGAGGUGGGGCUCACCGAGUCUAGGCCUCACCUGACACUAUGGGUAUUGAAGCACAGAACAGGGAUUUGAGUGGUCCAUGUCACACAGCACAUUCCUUUGCAGGAGAGGGGACUCUGAAACAACUGAGAUGUGUAGCUACAUCACGGAUGUAACUUUGACCUAGGGCAGAAAACUUGGUUUAUAUAGGAAGGAGGCCAAAGCCAGAUGCCAGGAUUGAAACACGCGGCAAGACUGGUGACAGCAGCCGAGCUGACUCCAAGCCAUGCCCACUUAGGCUCCUGAAUGGAGUCGGUGUCCCAGCUGGGGGAAAGAAGGAGGGUUCUGGAAAUGCAGGGCGUCACUGACAUGACCUCUCACGCCACCAUUGUUGUGUUGUCUUUU